AUGUCAUUCAGCACGCUCUACAUUUCUAUUUUAAUCACCUUACAUUUCUCAACUUGUCUGGCCACUUCCGAUCCGAACCUCUACAGCAAUAAGAGCCGACCAUUGGACAAUGAUGCUCCAGAAACAACCACCUCUUCCGGUCCAUCACAUCUCGAUCAUGGACCCAGCAAUCAGAAUGGCAUUUAUCUAACAGCCGAGGAUUUCCAGAAUGCAUUCACUAUCGAUGACAAUGAUGUCGAUACCAGCCCGUAUUGGGCAGCACCUCGUCACGCAGCCGAUGUAUUUGAGGGUGAUAUCUCCGGCGUUCAGUCGAUCCAAGAGCUUCGCAACGCAAUCGUGGGACGUAAUUAUCGCUGGCCGAAUGCUGUCAUUCCUUACAUCAUUGCGGCUCCCUUCACUAUGGCGGAACGCAGUGUCAUAGCCAGGGCUUUGAUGGAAUACCACAACAAGACGUGCAUCCGAUUCGUUCCUCGGACAAUCCAGCCAGACUACAUCGUCUUCAGAACAACAGGAUCCGGGUGCAACAGCAACGUCGGCCGAACGGGUGGAGCUCAAACAGUGUCGCUGGAUCAAGGCUGCAUUCACGUUGGUCUCAUUAUUCACGAGCUGAUGCACGCAGCUGGUUUCUACCACGAACAAGCGCGUACCGACAGGGACGAUCACGUCGUCAUCAACUGGGCAAACAUUCAAGACGGAAUGCAACGAAACUUUGACAAACUUGGACCCAACGAAAUCGAAAUGCUGGGAACCCGUUACGACACAGGAUCUGUCAUGCAUUACGAUCAAUUCGCCUUCGCCAAGGAUCGCAAGAUUCCGACAAUCUACUCAAAAACAGGCAGCACCCUCGGCAACACUCAGGGAUUCAGUCAGAACGACGUAGUAAAGUUGAACAUCAUGUAUCGGUGCGGCUCUGAAGAAGUAACGACAACGGUCAGAACGACCACCCCAACUACUCAGACGACAACAACAACGGCUAGAACGACCACUGCAGAGGCAACAACUACUAGAGGAACUACUGAAACCCCUGGUACCACAGGAACAACAACUACACGGAACUACUGAAUCGCCCCCGAAAGAGACUACAACGACCAAAGAGCCAAUCGGUAAUGAAUAACCAACGCCAAAAGCCUAAAUUUCAGCGAGUUCAUUAGCUAAUUGC